AUGGCGCCGUCUGGCGAUAAGCCUGCCAUCGAAGACGAUUGGCAACAGGUUGACGAUGCUGGGUCCGUGCACUCCUUCACCGACGACGCGGCCAGCGACAGCGACCUUGUCGACCUUGGCGAGCAGUCUGCUUUCGCCGAAGCACUGAAGAAGAAAGUCCCAGGGCUACCGGGACCCAUCAGCAAGCAACCUCGCAGUAAUAUCAUCGAAGCCCCGGACGUCGACGGACGUCCUCGUCCAGCGUGCACACCAAGCCAGUCUAAACCCCGUCUGGAGACUUUAAGACCUGCGGAAGAACACGACGGUACCGGCCACAGCAACGAGCCUGACGAGGAGGAUGGUGAAGAAGAAAAGGAAAGAGAAGAAGAUGACGAUAAUGUUGACCCUGAACAUGUUCUGAACUUCGCACCCAAGCUCGCCAACCUGCGCUGUCGGCUCAACGAUGUGACGCGCGACACUGAGGCAAACAUGACGAAUCGCAUCGCUUUCCAAACGCCGCUGAUUCGCCACAUCUACCAGUCGCUAUGUGCAAUCCAGGAGCAGAUGAGUGUACUUGGUCACCUGGUACACGACUGCGCCUGCUUUUACCGCAUGCAUCAUGGCGACAUGGACUCGGACGACCUGCCCCUGCAUGGCGAUCUUCCCUCCUGGACGGGCCAGUUGCAUGAUGUUCUACUCACCUUCCAAGGCCAAGCUGACGCGAUGAUCAGUGGGCGGGUCCAGAUCGUCGAGACGCUGAGCGCUCUAGAGCAGCCCGAUGAACAACUGACCAUGCUCCGCCAGACAAUGAAUGAUUUCUUACCGCUAAUCGAGGCCGAUUUUGACGCGUUCAAAGCAAAGUACAUGAGUUUCAACAAGCCUGAACCCACGACGAAUCGAGUCGUCUCCCAUGACGACAGCCAGACUGUUGCUGCUCUACGCACAGCCUUCUAUCGGUUACAUGACGAGGUGCGGCAGUCACUCGACCUCAUAACAGAAAUUCACACGAGCAGGGCCAGUUCGGCCAUUGCAACCUUGGCGCCAUUGGUCAUCAGCUCCCUGUCUGACGUGCGGGAUGCCAUUAUGAACAUUGUCACCAACAACCCCUCGGAGUGGAUGGAGUCGGAUCUCAACACAUCCCGCAAGAUUCUGUCGUACCCUGCCUUCAUCUCGCUGUCGCCAGAAAUGCUAUCUGACGUGGCGGACCAGUUCAAGCAAGUCCGACAGCAGCUCGACGUUACGAAUGACCCGGAUAUGGGGCAAAGCUUUUCGCGCGACGUUGUGCACGCACACCAGGUCGUGCUUCUAACCGAGGGGGGGCAACUCGAAGAGCUGCAGUCGACUGCCAACUUUUUGGAGUCGUUGCUGGUACCGGGCAGCGGGUCUUUCUGA